CCGAGACCCCGCCGGGAGCCGCCGCUCCGGGUGAUGAGCGGCUGAGGCGGGUCCGGGCGGCGACAGGUGGCGGCGGCCGCGGGACCCCCGUGCCGCUCCGCACCCUCUCAGCCCGGGACGCGCGCUCGGGCCGCGGGGCCGAGCCACCGCGGAGCGCCCCCGCUCCUUCACCCCGCCCUUCCCGCGCCGGUGUCCGCCAGGCGUCGGCGAUGGCGGAGCGGCUGCCGCCGGGCCCCCGGGUGAUUUUUUGCCAGGACUCCCCGAAGCGCGUUCUGGUCUCCGUCAUCAAAACCACCCCGAUCAAACCCACCUCGCGGGGGGGCGGUGAGGAGCCGCCGCCCGUCCCGCCCGUCCCCACCAGCCCGGGCUUCAGCGACUUCAUGGUCUACCCCUGGCGCUGGGGCGAGAACGCCCACAACGUAACCCUCAGCCCUGGCGUCACCGCCGUCCCCUCGGCCCUCCCGCCGCCCCGCGGGGGAGCGGGCAGAGCUCCCGCCAGCGACGAGGAGAAGGCGGGGAGCCCGGGCGGCGGCAGGCACCGGCACCUGAAGGAUGGGAUAAGGCGUGGCCGCCCGAGAGCUGACACCGUCCGUGACCUGAUCAACGAAGGGGAGCACUCUUCCAGCAGAAUACGUUGCAAUAUCUGCAACAGGGUCUUUCCGCGGGAGAAGUCGCUUCAGGCUCACAAACGAACUCACACCGGUGAAAGGCCUUAUUUGUGUGACUACCCAGAUUGCGGGAAAGCCUUUGUUCAGAGUGGGCAGCUCAAAACUCACCAGCGUCUCCACACAGGGGAGAAGCCUUUCGUCUGCUCAGAGAAUGGCUGUUUAAGCAGAUUCACGCAUGCAAACCGUCAUUGCCCCAAACAUCCAUAUGCCCGACUGAAGAGGGAAGAGCUCACAGACAGGCUGAAUAAGCAGCAGACGGCUGACAAUAAAGCUGUGGCUGAGUGGCUAGCAAAAUACUGGGAGACUAGAGAACAGCGUGCUCCUGCUUUGAAAACUAAAACAAUGGAGAAAACAGAUCAGGAACAGCAGGACCCGAUGGAGUAUCUUCAAUCUGAUGAAGAGGACGACGAAGAGGGAAACAGCGCUCAUUCGGCGGCUCGCCGCCGCCGCCUCCAGGAACAGCGCGAACGCAUGCACGGUGCGCUGGCUCUCAUCGAGCUUGCAAACCUAGCUGUGGCACCGCUGCGACAGUAGAUGGGAACAGAGUCUGCCUAUAUGAAAUGGAUAUGUACUUCCUGGUGGUACUUAACCAGUUAGAUCCUGAGCAUAAGCUAAGCACCUUAUUUGCUUCUCAUAGGCUGCUAUUCUGUAGAAUUUAUGAAGAAUGUUGUUGCCCCGUCACAUGGGGUGAGAGAAUUGCACUUUUUGUAAGGUAAAAGACAGUUGUAAAGUUUCUAAGUCUUUUGUAAAUACAGGACUGCAUAAUGCAGGGUUGACAAAUGUACGUGUUUGUGGGAAGCUAGGUUUUGCAAGGUUAACUCAUUCAUUUGAAGCAGAUUUCACAGAAAGCACUUUCUGAAGAAAGUGUUGGUGAUUAGCAGAAUGGUACACAUGGCCAGAGAAGGCUGACAAGAAGAAAAUUAUCUGCCAAUUUAAGCAAAUUGUCAUGGAGUGGUAGGUCUAAGAUAGUGCUAAGCUGCAACAAAAUCGUAUUUUUCUAAUGUCAGUGUAUCUUUCCCUAGUAUCACUGAGGCAGAAGGCAAAGUUUAGUUAAUUUGCAGAGGGGAAGAAACUGCUUCAUGCAGGGAACUGUAAGGUCGUUCAGGAUCUUCACUGUGACUGCUCAAGGGAUGAGGUUUGAUUUUGCUCUCAAGUUUUCUGAUUUGGUUUCAGUUGAAUCUCGUGGCAGCACUUGUUAUUCCUAACAUGAUGUUGGGAACUUUUGCACGUUUGUGGGUUUAUCUGAAAAUUAUUAGUCUUGCAAAGUCUAGACAAAGGUAAACAAUUGGUAGUAUUUUUAUUCAGAUGUUUUUGGACCCUGUAGUGAUUUGGCACUUGAUUUUGUCAAUAAAGGGGAUAUUUACAGGGUGGUAUGGAUAUGUAGUAAACUAUUGUAGAUCUCUCUAGCAAACACUAAGUUUUGAAGUAUUGCUUUUAUAUGAUUAUUAGCAAAUAGAAGCCUUUGUACUUUCUGUGCAUAAAGCCACCUUAUUGCUUUACUUCAGGAUAACAUGCCAAUUUUGUGUUCACUAACUGUAGCACAGCUAUUAAACACUGCAGAAAAGUAUUCCAUAUACAACUAGAAAAUAGGCUUCCAAAGAUAGUUACAAGUGUGUUAACAGUGUGAUUUCAUGUAUUUUCCAAAUAAAUGAAGUUACAGAACUUUGCCUAGUACUCAAAUGUUGAUAUAAAAUGUUUAGCAGGAUAUCUCUUCACUUCGUGAAUGUUUUAUACUUUGAAACAGCAUUGUCUCAUGGUGAUCUUUCUCUGUAUUUCGCUUUGAAGGCAACCAGAGAUGCCUGCCAUACUGAGAAAACUCUGUUUUCGGUUUUUGGAUUGGACUUUUUGUUGUGUGUUUGGUGUUCUGGUUUUGUUUGUUUGUUUUUUAAGCUACUGCUUUAGGGGAUAUUAAUAAUUUGUAUGUACUGACCUGCUUGCUUUAACUCCUUCCUCUCUUUGAAGGUCAGGAAAUUCGGAGAAGGGAAGCUAUUUUCCCUCUUGCUUUUAUAAACAAGAGGAAGAAAUCAUUUUGUCAAUCACAAUAUAGACUGACCAGAUGCGUACAGCUGUUCCAGAAAAGUAGGGUGAUUUUACACCAGAAACUACAAGUGUUGCAUUAUGUUCUCGGAUAGUUGAUAACCUGUUGUUGAAAAAUCUCAUUAACCCAGUUUGUUUAAAUCACGUAUUGAUGCACUUAACUAAAGAGUAAUUGAUUAAUUAAAAAAACACUUUCAUUGAAUGUAAAUAAUUUUGCACCGGUGAUACGGUUUAACUUUUUGUUUCAGUUCCUAAACUUAGCUGACAUCAAGCUCAUUUAUUUCUGUUUUAAGUCUUUUAGGCUUAAAAAUAUGAAACAGUAGUUGUUCUAGGCUUCUUAGCCUAUGUAAAAUUGGUUAUUCGCAUGUGUAGGUUUGGAGCUUCUCAAAUAAGUUAAUGUUUUGACUCUUCAGUUGGCUGCAUGCAAAUAGUCUGAUCCCAAAAUGAGCCCCAAGUGCAAAUCUGUUGUACUUCUGAGUCGUAACUCAGAAUUGCUCCCGAGUAGUAUUUCACAGGGCACAACUGUUUAAUUACUGGCCAGUUCCAGACUUACUUCAUUAGGAUUUAUUUUAUUUUUUUUCCCCACCAGUCAGCUGUAAUGCUUCGGGGAACUCACAGGAUAUUUCAAGUAUGACAAGUAAAACUGAGUAGUACUCGGCUGUAGACAAAAUACAGACAGCUGAAGAAGUUUCAUGUUGUGACAAGUUUUGGGUAAAAUACCCAACCCAGUUAAAGAAAUUUGAGAUGUGGAAGACUUGUAUUAAGAAGUGAUUACAUACAAGGAAUCUUGAGAUGUAUGGUGUUUCAAAAGUUUAAGUUGUAGUUUGUCAUGACUUAACAGCAGAAGAGUGGAUGUGCUGUCGUUUUGAUAGACGCUUUGAAUAAAAACUUGGUUGGAUUUUCAA